AUGCUCAAAGCCAUUACUCGAUCUGCUCGCAUCGUGGAUAACAGAGUGGCUGAGAUCAAUAACGAGCGAGCCACACAUUCCCNNCCUCCUCAACCUCCAAUUUCUGUGGCUUACUUCUUUGACCAUUAUGCCACCGAAGCCGACACCAGCGUCAUUGUGGCCGAAGAAGAUUUCAUGGCCGCAGAACGUGAGCUUGCCCCUAGUGUCAGCGCCGACGAACUAGGCCACUACGAGCGCGUGCGUCGUGAAUUCGAAGGCGGCAAGGAGAAAGAAGAAACCCCAUCCCGACAGACCAAUGGCACAGAUGCCAACACCCUCGCACGCAGCCAGAUUGCGCAAAUGCUGCGCAUGCAAAUGCAAAGAGCAAACUCUGACUCUGGCAACGGUGGCGGCGGCAUCAAAGGCAAAGGCAAAGUAGUCGAUCAAGAAGUCUCCAGCGUAGUCGAUGAGGACUUUGUCAUUAGAACUGACCACCUGUCCAUGAAUGGAUCUGGCAAAGGCAAAGGCAAAGCACGAGCCGAGUCUCCAGAUAGCGCGCGAUUCGGAGAUGCGGCUGGCGAUGAUGAGGACAUGUAUGCAUAA